CGCUGAUCCCCGCAUGAUUAUUGAUUAUUGACGGUUGAUUAUUGACUGUUGUGACCAUCUUGCAGAUUGCUGGGUCUCUGGCUUCGUGUCAAUGUCGUUGUCUGAGGGCCAACUGUGCGGCUCAUGUACAGCUGUACAGCAACGCACAAUAGAUCCCGCCCUGCAACGCUGAGUAACGUGUGCGCGGCAUGGAGAGCGUCCAGCCGGACCACCACCAGCUGCGGGCCCCCAAGCAGGCUGCCUGCACGGUGUGUCAUGGCAAGAAACUGAAAUGCAAGCGAGCCCCAGGCCAGGCUCGCUGCGAGAGGUGCGCCCAACACGGGACGGAGUGCAUCGUACCGAAUCACCCUGUUGGACGGCAAAAAGGUGUCAAAAAUAAGCGGAAGGGCGUUGACAAGGCCCUUCAUCAAAUUGAGCAGGCAAUUAAGAAAUCGAAAAUCCACAGGAGUGAGGAGGCAGGCAAUGAGGUGUCAAAGGUGAUUGUAAAUCUACAGCAUCUUCUGGACAAAGCACAGCAACAGGCGCUUGGUCGCAUGUCAUCUCAUGAAUCAGCGUCAAACUCGCGUUUAGAUGAUGAGACGCGCUCAGAGUCCACGGAUUCGAGCGAGGUGCAGACCAAUGCGAAUAAUACAUUAACGACAAGCACCGAGGACAGCCUGGCGCUGGAUGAUGCAGAAAAUCCACUACAGCUACUUGCUCGCGCCUCAGAUCUCCAGUUGUUGCCGUCCUCAACCCAGAACGCAUCGAGUUUACCCCUACAACUGGCUGGAGGUGUGGCAGCAAAUAUUAACCUUUCGUCUCGCGUGUCCGACUCAUUUUUUGUACCGGUCAAGGCAAGUCCCGAUGUUAGCCCGGACCUUGACCCUGUGAAUUUAGGCCUCGUUACAUUUGAUGAAGCAUCCAUGCUCUUUAACUUCUUCUAUGACAAUCUAUCGCACACGCGAUGGGGCUUUGAUCCUGCUAUACAUACGGCUGUUUUUGUACGAGCGCAAUCUGCGUUUCUGUUCACCUCUAUUCUAUCUGCAUCGGCGCUAUUCAUCUCCUCCACGGCGGCUUUGUCCAAACGACUAUCUUCCCAUGUCAAAAAGUUGGCUCAAAACGUCAUUGCACAUCGCCAUCGGUCUGUUGAGAUCGUGCUUGCUUUCAUGGCGAAUGUGCCUUGGAUGGACCCUGGCAAACAGCUUGGCGAUGACGACACCUGUCUUUACAUUGCCAUGGCUUUGAACAUUGCAUUAGACUUGUCACUAAACAAAGUCACCACGCUAUCACAAACCGCAGACGGACGGAAAUUCGCUCGCGCCGAUUGCUUGGAAGCGCGAAGGGCACUCCUCAUGGAUGGAUUCGGUGAUGUUGACCCGCAAUCAGAAUGGGGUCGCAGGCUAUUGCGUCGCAGAGAGAGGACUUGGAUUGCGCUAUUUGUUGUUGAGAGAGGGGUGUGUUUGGCCCGUGGGAGGAGCUAUUCUGUUCCUGUAACUGCACUUCUAGAGAAUUGCGACCGAUGGCAUUUGGUGGACAGAGAUAUCGCCGACCCGCGGGAUGGACAAAUGAACUCGAUGGCCGUGCUGAGACGGGAUCUCGACGAGUUAUUUAGAAAAGUCAGGCAUGCGUGUGACGACUACCGCGAUAAGAAAACUGGAAUGGAGGUCGCUCGGUUAAUACAAUCCAUGAUCGAAAACUUUUAUGACGGUUGGUACGCUAUCUGGGCUAAAUCUAUUGGCGGUGAAUUCCGGUCGCUUCCACCGUACGUUGAAAUUCUCGUCACGCAUACCAGGCUUUCAACCUACAGCGGGGUGAUCAACCAUCCGACCGCUCCCUUCGAAGUGAAGCGUUUUUUCCGCUCCGAAGCUCUAUCUUCCUCUCUAAACGUCAUGCGGGCUGCUAUCCAGGGCGAGUCACGAUUGAAAUCCAUGCCCAAUAAUACUGUUAUCAUGAUUGCAUUCGCAGCUUGCUCGGCACUAAGUCUCAGCCUGACGGGAGCUCCUAGUCGAAAAAAUAGGAAUAGCAAUCGACUCGCACCCAGCGUCUUGAAUCUCAUCAAAGAGACUGCGGACGUCCUAGAGCGAAUUGGUGCGACACCGAGCCAUCGAAACGGCGCCUCGGUGCUAUACGGAAAACUUAUGCGCGAUCUUGUAGGUCGUGUAUAUAACUACACUGCAGAUGAUCGUUCCCUUGACCCAGAGUCUUUGCACACGAUCACUCCUUCAUAUACAUCUAGAGAAAAAAGCAGCAACAACUAUGCAGCUCCCGAGUCUAUAAGCUCACCUCCGAUGCCAUACGUACCGUACCAAGGCCACUAUUCAACAUCAUUGGAAUCGGCUGGUAUCGUAGCAUCAAUGGCAGAAACUCUCCAGUUUUCAACCAUGUCAAAUGAUCAGAUCGUUGACGCGGUCAACAGUGUAGGGCUGUCGCUAGAUGACACAAUCUCAGAUCAUCGGGGGUUUCCGUUGAAUGAAAUGAUGCCAUGGGAGUGGUUCGAUUAUCUGGAUACAACAUAUAUCAAUUGAUAUGCAAAGAUGUCGUUGAUGAGCAAUUAAAUCGAGAAACAGACGCCAGCCAUUCAAAUGUUAUGCAGUCACGAGAAGCUGGAAAUAUCAAAACAAUUUGCUCUAAUAUUACUUUCCUAGACAUUCAAAUCUUAGUCUAUAUAUAAUUAUAUAGUUAUAUAGAGAUAUUAGUUAUAAUUACGUACAUGCAGUUCAAUGUUGAGGCGAUGCCGGGCCUCGGCAGCAAAAGUAGCCCCGAGCGAUCAAUUGAUGUUGUCACCGGCGGAGACAGACUGCCGAGUACUUAUUCCAC